CAACACAACAUCUUCCAGAUAAAUCGUAUUAAGAAAUCAAAAUCUCCCAACAAACACUGCUGAAAACAGAGAGAGAGAGAGGGAGAGAGGGAGAGAGAGAGCGCUACCAUAGCAUCUUUGGUCUCGAGUCACCAUCAAUAUCAUCAACAACCACCUCUUCUUCAGAUCCAAAUACAACAAAAAGCCAACUACCCAACUUCUCUUUUCUUGUUUCUGUGAAGUUAGAUGAUUUAUUCAUAUUGGCUGAUACAGUAGAAGGGCAUGGAUUGCUUGGUCUGUUAAUCUAGUUUCUUGUUGCUGCCACCUCGAUAGUGAAACCCAUGUCUAGAAUUUCUCUUCAACUCAUGGUUCGUUAUUUGUCAGGUUGCAUUUUGUUAAUUGCUGCAUUAUCAUGGAGUUAAAAAGAGGAGAGAAAAUGACAAUGAGGAACAAAUACAGGAAACCAACCACUUUCCAUUGCAAUGCAGGGAGCAGAUGUUCGCCAUCUGUUGUUGUAUGGAGCUUGGUGGGAUUUCUGCUGUCCCUUCACUUGUACUCCCUUGUUAGCCAUAAUGGUGGAAAAGUUGGAGAUGUCCAAUUUCAUACCAGUCAUCACACUCUUUUCCGUGAACUUGAAGAGGUGGAAGAGGAGAAUAUCCAAAUACCUCCACCGAAAGGAAAAAGGUCCCCACGUGCUGCAAAGCGAAGGCCUAAGAGGCCGACCACACUGAUUGAUGAAUUUCUUGAUGAGAAUUCCCAACUUAGGCAUGUGUUCUUUCCUGAUAUGAAAACUGCUAUAGAUCCAAUGAAUGAUUCUGGGAAUGACAGUUUCAACUAUUAUCCUGGAAGAAUUUGGUUGGAUACUGAGGGAAAUCCAAUUCAAGCUCAUGGAGGGGGAAUUCUAUAUGAUGAAAGCUCAAGGACUUAUUAUUGGUACGGAGAAUAUAAAGAUGGACCAACCUACCAUGCUCACAAAAAAGGAGCAGCUCGGGUGGAUAUCAUAGGAGUUGGUUGCUAUUCCUCCAAGGACCUCUGGGCAUGGAAAAAUGAGGGCAUCGUACUGGAAGCAGAAGAGGCAAAUGAAACCUGUGACCUCCAUAAAUCUAAUGUGCUUGAGAGGCCAAAAGUGAUUUACAAUGAGAAGACAGGAAAGUAUGUAAUGUGGAUGCAUAUUGAUGAUGCCAACUACACCAAAGCUGCUGUUGGCAUUGCCAUUAGCGAUUAUCCAACCGGUCCAUUCAACUACCUCCACAGCAAACAGCCCCAUGGAUUUGACAGCAGGGAUAUGACAAUCUUCAAGGAUGAUGAUGGUGUAGCAUAUAUCAUAUAUUCCUCUGAGGACAAUAGCGAGCUUCACAUUGGACCACUUACAGAAGAUUAUCUUGAUGUUACACAUGUUGUGCGAAGAAUUUUAAUUGGGCAGCACAGGGAAGCCCCGGCUCUAUUCAAGUAUCAGGGGACUUAUUACAUGAUCACUUCUGGUUGCACUGGCUGGGCGCCAAAUGAGGCCCUAGCCCAUGCAGCAGAGUCAAUCAUGGGACCAUGGGAAACUAUGGGAAACCCAUGCGUUGGAGGGAACAAAAUGUUUCGACAGACUACAUUUUUUGCACAAGGUACAUAUGUAUUUCCUUUGACAGGUCUUCCAGGUUCAUUUGUUUUUAUAGCAGAUCGUUGGAACCCAGCAGACUUGAGGGACUCGAGGUAUGUGUGGUUACCUUUGAUAGUUGGAGGGCCUGCGGAUCGACCACUGGAUUAUGAUUUCGGAUUCCCAGUCUGGUCAAGGGUAUCGAUUUACUGGCAUAGAAAGUGGAGACUUCCUUCGGGGAGGAGAGGGCUGAAAUGACAAGUUUAUUUGAUAUCAAGCCUUCAGUGUAUCAUACGUGAUUGCUCUUUUGCGUAUUCUUUCACUUGUCUGCCUGUAAUUAAAAAGCUUGUGCGUUGAUUGAAUACAUAUCUUUGCUUAGGCACUGUUAAUAUUAGCUUUUAGGAGGAAUGGGUGGAUGCUUGCCUAUAUAAACCAUUCAUGAGAUGCAAAUUUUGCUAAUAACAUUGCAGUUGUACCAA